GAACUAGAAACGGCUUAUGAAUUUGAAUAGCUCACCAGGGCAACCCGUUUCGGCUACAUCUACGGUCAACGCAGGCCAUUCUAAAGUGGGACUUUUUUUUUUGUUUUUUUUUUUUGCUUCCCUUUUAUUUAAGCUCUCCAUGUCAGACACAGAACCUAAUGUAGAUGGCAGCAACAAAAAACAAAAAGUUGAAAAUACACAAAGCCACGAUCAAGAGGAAGAACAUAUCACUUGUAUGAUCUGUUCUGAUGUUUGGAGAACAAAAGGAAGUCAUUGUCAAGUAAGCUUAAAUUGUGGACAUCUCUUUGGUAAAAGUUGUAUCAUUCGUUGGAUUACAGAAAGAACUGAGAAGCUAGGCGCCAAAAAGACCUUUUGUCCCAUGUGCAUGAAAAUCGCUCGUUUGUCGGAUAUUCGCAUUGUCACACCCGUCAAAAUUGCAGUUAAGGAUACAACCCAAAUCGACUUGUUCAAAAAAGAAUUAGAAACGAAAAAAUAUACCAUCAGCAACUAUCAAAAAUCUCUGGAAUCGGCCCGUCUUACGCUCAUUAUCAGAAAGAGAGAAUUAAUAAGAGCACAAUCCAUCCUUGACGAAGAUGACUUACCACCACCAUCAUCACUGCCUUUACCGGAUCAGAGUGAAACCGUUUAACAGUUCGAACCUGCCGUAUUUUUUCAUUUAUCUAUCUACAUACAUUUACUUGUUAUUUCUCAUUUUAUAAGCUUAUCGAAUGUCGCUUUUUCUUUGUGGCGUGCCUAUAUCGUUCUAUUCAAUAUAUAUAUAUAUAUAUUUAAAAAAGAUGCCGAUGAAACAAACCAAGUUUGUUAUCACCAAAGAAGUAUCACCGUAAUAUUUCUUAAUUAAAGUCUACACAAUAAUUUACCUUGAUUAAUACAUUCCGACGAAAAUGACGUUUGGCCAAAAAUAUUACUCUAUCUUCAAUGACAUAUUUCUCGGCCAAUUGUAAAAGAAGCAAUGUCGUAAUUCUAUUCUAAUAGCAUUAUAGAAUCAUAAGAAGCCUACGUAAAUAAAAGAAAUCAGGACCCAUUUAAUACUUGGUUGGGCCUCUGAGGAUGUGAAUUACAAAUCGAUAUCGGUCUGUCAUACUUUACACUAAACGACG